CACAGCAAUGGAAGAAGAGGACUCGCCAGCGGUUGAUAAAAGAUUUUAUUUCAUAGAGCAAUAUGUCCUAAAGACAAUGAAGCUAAAACCCGAUCGCUGGCACAAAUGUCUGUCCGUCGAGGAGCAGAAACAAGUUAUCCAAGACUUUCUGGACAAAUCUGACAACACAACCCUUGUUGUGUCCCUAAAUGCCGCCGGCCAGUUGAUACCAACUUUCGGAUUUGCAGGGUAUUCAAAAAACAAAUCCGUUUACUUCAUCAAACGGAACCAGGGGGCUCUUUCUUCGGACACAAUGCAAACAGACCUGCUCUACGGAGACAUGUCCCCCUCGCCCCUGGAACAGUUCUCAGCUUUCGUAGAAGAGGUCGCAGCGCCGGUGCUGCUGAACGCGAGGAACCACUCCGAGUGGCCGCACGUGGUGUCUCAGGACGUAAAGCGACACGUGCAGGCCCUGAAGAACAGCGUGUUUGUGGUGGCGGGACAAGUCAAGGGCAAGACUCUGCUUCCUCUCCCCCCGGGAUCAGAGAGAUUAGAACAAACUGCCCUGGAGAGCGAAAAGAGAGAAGAUCUGCUGGAUAAGAGCGUCAUUCAUGUCAUCGAAUCGAUGGUGAUUGAGUGGAGUCAUCAGAUUCACGAGGUUCUGAAGAGGGACUCGUCUGAGCCCCUCCUGCUAGGGAUAAAUCCCACCCCACACAUGGAGCUGAACUUCUGGAAAAACAGAUAUGCUGACCUUGAGUGUAUACAUGAGCAAUUUAAGUCACCUAAAGUGGCCAGGAUGGCAGAGCUUCUGGAUACAAUGGACAGCAGUUAUUAUCCUGCAUUUAGAAACAUGCUUCAGGAUGUCAUGUGUGCUCUCGAGGAGGCCAGGGACAUCAAUACCUUCUUGAAGCCUUUGCAGCGACUUACAGAAGAUCUGGAGAACAUAGAGUUCAGUGAGGUGAAAGGACGGAUUGCCCCUCUCAUGCACAUGGUGUGCCUUGUGUGGUCCAAUUCCAAGUUCUACAACACACCAGCCCGACUGAUUGUGCUGCUAUGUGAGUUCUGCAACCUCUUCAUUCAGCAGGCGCAGAGCCAUCUCAACCCAGAAGACAUCCUGAAAGGUGACAUAGUGGAGAGUCUCGCUCGUGUGCAGAUGACACUGGAUGUGCUCACACACUUCAAGAGAACCUUUGAGGACAGAAAGAACAAUCUGAGUCAGUACCAAAGGAAGGGGUUGGAGGUUAAACCAUGGAGCUUCUCCCCUUGCAUGGUGUUUGCACGGCUGGACCGCUUUGUGGAAAGACUAAAGAUAAUUGAAGCCUUCUUACUGACUGUGGUUGAUCUGAUGAAACUGGAGAAGGUGGAAUUUGGAGGUGUUCGUGGGAGAUCACUCAGCCAGCAGGUCCUGUUGCUGUACGAAGAGUUCCUGGAACAAUAUAAAACACUCACUGAGAAGUCUUACGACUGCCUUGACGUGUGCAACUUGGAGUUUGAGGCAGACAUGGGUGAGUUUAAGUGUAAAGUGGAAGACAUGGAUCGGUGCCUCGGUGCAAUUUUUUGCCAGGCCUUUGAUGAUGCUUCAGGCCUGGAGUAUGCCUUCAAGGUGCUGGACAUGUUUGGGAGUUUGCUGGAGCGUCCCCUGAUAGAUGCCGAUGCUCAGAAAAAAUACCCUGUCCUGAUCAACAUGUUUGACAAGGAGCUUGACUGCUGCAUGGCACUCUAUAAAAAACGUGUGCAGACCGAGGAGGAGCUGGGCUACUUCCCCGUCAGUAAGAACAUGCCCACUGUAGCAGGCGGUCUGAAGUGGGCCCAGCAGCUGCAGCAGCGUAUGCAGAUUCCCUACAGCAACUUCAGAAACAUUCCCCAUCUAUGUAUGGAAUCAACAGCUGGAAAAAAUGUCACGCGGAAGUUCAACGAAAUAACGCAGCUGCUCAAGCAAUACUCCUCUAAGCUUUAUGAUAGAUGGACUGAUUCAGUGAGUGAGAAGUCCCAGUAUAAUCUCAGUCAGCCCCUGAUAUCUAGAGACCCGGCCUCCAGACACAUCAGCGUCAACUUCAGCCCACAGCUGGUGUCUGUGCUCCGAGAGGUUCAGUACUUGGAUAGACAACCAGAGGAUAUCCCAGAUAUAGCAGCUGAUAUUUACACUAACAAGGAGCUUCUUCGGCAGUAUGUGGCCAACCUGGAGCUUAUGGUGCAGUGGUACAACAAGGUGAUUGGUACGGUGCUGGAGGUGGAGUUUCCACUCAUUCAAAGUCAGUUGAGGAAUAUUGAUGUCCAGCUCAAAGAAGCUGAGGAGUCAAUCAACUGGACAAGCAAAGGAAUAUGGGAGUACAUUCAGAGUGCAUGUGAGACAGUGCACGAUCUUGAGAGGCGACUGCAGAGAACCAAAGACAAUGUGGAAGAGAUCCAGAACACCAUGAAGACAUGGGCUAAUCCAAUCUUUGGGAGGAAGGAGGAAAAGAAAGAUAGUCUCCUCAACCUGGAGGACAAGCUGGAGUGCCUGGAGAAAGCCCAGGGCCAGAUCCGUACCUCUGGAGCCAAGAUCCAUUUGUUACUGAAGGAGAACUUGUCACUUUUUAAAGCUGAACCAUCUUCACCUGAGUGGAGGUCAUAUGUAGAAUACAUUGACGAAAUGGUCAUAGAUGGUUUCUUCAACAGCAUUGACAGCUCCCUCAAGUUCUUCUUGGACAAUACCGAAGAGAAGCCUGGUGUGGCUCCACUCUUUGAAGCCCAGUUAGACCUCCAGGUUCCAGAUAUGGUCUUCUAUCCUCCUCUGGAGUUUGGUGCCGCCAAUGGCUUCUAUGACCUGGUGGAGAGUCUCAUCAAUGAUAUCUACACUAUCUCCUCUCUGGUACCGCGAUUGGCUGAGGACAGUGGCUUCCUACACUACCAGGCUGAUAUGGAGGACAUGGUGGAUCUCGCUGACAUGCGCCAGCUCCUGAUGGUGCGUGUGGAGAGGGUCAUGGCCAAGUGCUGGGAGUACCGUGACGGGUUCGAACGCUAUGCCUACCUCUACGUGGACGACAGGAAGGAGUUUAUGCGUCAGUUCUUGCUGUAUGGACACGUCCUCACGAGUGACGAGAUUGAGGCCCAUGCCGAGGACGGCGUCCCGGAAAGCCCUCCGACCCUGGAGCGCUUCCGGGAGCAGGUGGACACGUACGAGAGGGUAUACGAGGAAGUGCAGAAGCUGGAGCCCGUACAAGUGUUUGACGGUUGGAUGAGGGUGGAUGCGCGAGCCUUUAAAAGCACUCUACUCAACAUCAUAAAGAAGUGGAGCCUUAUGUUCAAACAGCACCUGAUUGACCACGUAACACACAGUUUGUCGGAUCUGGAAGAGUUUAUUAAGGUCACUGAGACUGGCCUCAGCAGGAAGGUGGAGGAGGGAGAUUACAACGGUCUGGUGGAGGUCAUGGGUCACUUAAUGGCUGUCAAAGAGAGACAGAACUCCACUGAUGAGAUGUUUGAACCCGUGCAGAACACCAUCGUCCUGCUGAAGACAUAUGAGCAAGAACUGCCAGACAUCGUGUACAAACAGAUAGAGGAGCUUCCAGAGAAAUGGGCCAACACGAAGAAGCAAGCUGGGGUGGUGAAACAGCAGAUGGCACCUCUGCAGGCCAGCGAGGUGGCGAACCUGCGGCGGAAAUGCGCAGUGUUCGACGUGGAGCAGCAUGCCUUCCGUGAGAAGUUCCGCACUGAGGAGCCUUUCAGGUUUGACAGUGUAAAUCCCUAUCAAAUGCUGGACAACGCCAACAAACAGAUUCAGGAGAAAGAGUCCAUCAUGGCUGGACUUAUUGAGUCAGCCAGCCUGUUUGAAGUCAGCAUUCCUGACUACAAACAACUCAAACAGUGUCGCAAAGAGGUCUCCAUUCUCAAAGAGUUGUGGGACCUCAUCAUGGUUGUGCAGUUUAGUCUGGACGCCUGGCAGACCACCCCAUGGCUGGACAUCAAUGUGGAGGACAUGGAGCUGGAGUGCAAGCGCUUUUCUAAAGAGCUCCGGGCGCUGGACAAAGAGGCCCGGGCAUGGGAUGCGUACGGUGGCCUGGAUGGCACCGUGAAAAACACCCUGACUUCCCUCAGAGCCGUGGCCGAGCUCCAGAACCCGGCCAUCCGACCCAGGCACUGGCAGCAGCUGAUGCAAGCCACGGGGGUCCGCUUCACCAUGAACCGGGACACCACGCUGGCCGACCUGCUGAGCCUCAACCUGCACUGCUUCGAGGACGAGGUGAGGGCCAUCGUGGACCGAGCGGUGAAGGAGAUGAGCAUGGAGAAAGUCCUGACAGAGCUGGACACCACCUGGACAGGCAUGGCGUUCACGUACGAAGCUCACCUGCGCACAGGUGUGCCCCUGCUCAAGUCAGACGAGGACCUGAUCGAAACCCUGGAGGACAACCAGGUGCAGCUGCAGAACCUCAUGACAUCCAAGCACAUCGCCUUCUUCCUAGAGGAGGUGUCGUCAUGGCAGCGCCGGCUCUCGGUGGCCGACUCCGUGAUCUCAAUCUGGUUUGAGGUGCAGAGGACCUGGUCACAUCUGGAGAGCAUUUUCAUUGGGUCAGAGGACAUCCGUUCACAAUUACCAGAGGAUUCCAAACGCUUUGAAGGAAUUGAUAUAGAUUUCAAAGAACUGGCUUAUGACACUCAUAAAACGCCGAAUGUUGUGGAGGCCACCAAUAAACCAGGGCUCUACAGCAGACUGGAGGGCAUUCAGAACAGGCUGGCUCUGUGUGAGAAGGCCCUGGCUGAGUAUCUGGACACCAAGCGACUGGCCUUCCCUAGAUUCUACUUCAUCUCCUCCGCUGACCUGCUGGAUAUUCUGUCCAGUGGCACUGACCCACAGCAGGUUCAAAGGCAUCUGUCCAAGUUGUUUGACAACACAGCGAAGAUGAAGUUUGAAUCUGAUGCUGAUGGCCAGCCAACCAAAACAGGCCUGGGCAUGUUUAGUAAGGAGGAGGAGUAUGUGGCCUUCAGCAGGCCCUGCGAUUGUACCGGCCAGGUUGAAUUGUGGCUGAAUAGAGUUCUGGACACAAUGAGGUCUACUGUGCGGGACGAGAUGACGGAGGCGGUGGUAGCUUAUGAAGAAAAGCCCAGGGAACAGUGGCUGUUUGACUACCCAGCACAGGUUGCACUCACCUGUACUCAGAUCUGGUGGACCACCGAUGUGGGCAUGGCUUUCUCUAGGCUAGAGGAAGGCUAUGAGAAUGCUAUGAAGGAAUACUAUAAGAAACAAGUGAGCCAGCUCAACACCCUCAUCACCAUGCUGAUUGGUCAGCUAAGCCCGGGGGACAGACAGAAAGUCAUGACCAUCUGCACCAUAGACGUCCAUGCCAGGGACGUGGUGGCAAAGAUCAUCGCUCAGAAGGUGGAGAACUCGCAGGCCUUCGUGUGGCUGUCUCAGCUCCGUCACCGCUGGGAUGAGCGCGAGAGGCACUGCUUCGCUAACAUCUGCGACGCCCAGUUCCUCUACUCCUACGAGUACCUGGGCAACACACCACGCCUCGUCAUCACGCCGCUCACGGACAGAUGCUACAUCACGCUGACGCAAUCGCUGCACCUCACCAUGAGCGGGGCUCCGGCCGGCCCUGCUGGCACGGGGAAAACUGAGACUACCAAGGAUCUGGGCAGAGCCUUGGGCAUCAUGGUCUACGUAUUCAACUGCUCGGAGCAGAUGGACUACAAGUCCUGCGGGAACAUCUACAAAGGUCUGGCCCAAACCGGUGCCUGGGGCUGUUUCGAUGAAUUUAAUCGGAUCGCGGUGGAGGUGCUGUCCGUGGUUGCCGUACAGGUGAAAAGUAUCCAAGAUGCCAUUCGAGACAAGAAGAGCCAGUUUAACUUCAUGGGAGAGGAGGUGAAACUGGUCCCUUCCGUGGGGAUCUUCAUCACAAUGAACCCGGGCUACGCUGGCAGGACAGAACUGCCUGAAAACCUCAAAGCUCUUUUUCGGCCUUGUGCCAUGGUGGUGCCAGACUUCGAGCUCAUCUGUGAAAUCAUGCUGGUGGCCGAGGGCUUCAUCGAGGCCAGACUGCUGGCCAGAAAAUUCAUCACUCUCUACCAGCUCUGUAAAGAGCUUCUAUCCAAACAGGACCACUAUGACUGGGGUCUGCGGGCCAUAAAGUCUGUGCUGGUGGUGGCUGGCUCUCUGAAGAGAGGGGAUCCGGGCCGACCCGAGGAUCAGGUGCUGAUGAGGGCCCUGCGUGACUUCAACGUGCCCAAGAUCGUGACUGACGACAUGCCUGUCUUCAUGGGCCUCAUCGGGGACUUGUUCCCGGCACUGGACGUCCCGCGCAAGAGGGAUCUGGACUUCGAGCAGUCUGUCAGGAGGUCCGUGCUGGACCUCAAACUGCAAGCGGAAGACAAUUUUGUGUUGAAGGUGGUCCAGCUAGAGGAGCUGCUCGCUGUGCGACACUCCGUCUUUGUGGUGGGCAACGCUGGCACGGGCAAGUCCCAGGUGCUCAAAUCACUCCACAAGACCUACCAGAACAUGAAGCGCAGGCCUGUGUGGGCUGACCUCAAUCCCAAAGCUGUCACCAACGACGAGCUCUUCGGCAUCAUAAACCCAGCCACCCGAGAAUGGAAAGACGGGCUUUUUUCUAAUAUCAUGCGGGAGUUGGCCAACAUCACCCAUACAGGGCCCAAGUGGAUUGUGCUGGAUGGUGAUAUUGAUCCGAUGUGGAUCGAGUCUUUGAACACAGUAAUGGAUGAUAACAAGGUGCUGACUCUGGCCAGUAAUGAGAGAAUUCCUCUCAACCCCACGAUGAGGCUAGUGUUUGAGAUCAGCCACCUCCGCACCGCGACUCCGGCGACGGUCUCCAGAGCUGGUAUAUUAUACAUCAACCCGGCAGAUUUAGGCUGGAAUCCGCCUGUGUCGAGUUGGAUUGAUGGGAGAGAAAUCCAUUCAGAGAAAGCCAAUCUGACUAUUUUGUUUGACAAGUACAUCCCAACUUGUCUCGACACUCUCAGGUCAAGAUUCAAGAAGAUCAUACUGAUCCCAGAACAGAGCGUGGUGCAGAUGCUCUGUCACCUCUUGGAGUGUCUGCUGACCCCAGAACACACUCCCCCAGACUGCAACAAAGAGCUGUACGAGCUCUAUUUCGUCUUCGCCGCCAUCUGGGCCUUCGGAGGAGCUCUGUGCCAGGAUCAGCUGGUGGAUUACAGGGUGGAGUUCAGUAAGUGGUGGGUCACUGAGUUCAAAACCAUCAAGUUCCCCUCUCAAGGCACUGUGUUCGACUACUACAUCGACCCCGAGUCUAAGAGGUUUGAGCCAUGGUCUAAAAUGGUGCCUAAAUUUGAGAUGGACCCAAACAUACCUCUUCAGGCAUGCCUGGUGCAUACCACAGAGACCAUUCGGGUGAGCUACUUCAUGGACCGCCUGCUGGACAGGAGACGUCCAGUCAUGCUGGUGGGGAACGCUGGCACUGGCAAAUCUGUCCUAGUGGCAAGCAAGCUUGCCUCCCUGGACCCGGAGAAGUACACCAUCAAAAACGUCCCCUUCAACUACUACACCACAUCAGCCAUGCUGCAGGCCAUUCUGGAGAAGCCUCUGGAGAAGAAAGCGGGCAGGAACUACGGUCCUCCUGGAAGCAAGAGGCUCGUCUACUUUAUAGACGACAUGAACAUGCCCGAGGUGGACGCCUACGGCACAGUCCAGCCCCACACCCUCAUCCGCCAGCACAUGGACUACAUGCACUGGUAUGAUAGGACUAAGCUGCAGCUAAAGGAGAUCCACAGUGUGCAGUACGUGUCCUGCAUGAACCCCACCGCUGGCAGCUUUACUAUUAACUCACGCCUGCAGAGACACUUCUCCGUGUUUGCGCUGUCGUUCCCCGGGGCAGACGCCCUAAGCACCAUUUACUGCAGCAUUCUGGGCCAGCACCUGGGCGGGGAGGGGUUUGGCAUGCCGCUGCAGAGGAGCGUGCCCCAGCUCGUCCAACUUGCACUGGCCUUCCACCAGCGCGUGGCUGCCACGUUCCUGCCCACUGCUGUCAAGUUCCACUAUGUCUUCAAUCUGCGCGACCUCUCCAGCAUUUUCCAGGGCAUUCUCUUCUGCAAAAGUGAGUGCUUGAAGACCCCCGAGGACCUGGUGAAGGUAUAUCUCCACGAGUCUAACCGCGUUUACCGAGACAAGAUGGUAGAAGACAAGGACUUUGCUGCCUUUGACAAGCUGCAGUCGGAAACAGUAGGGAACCUUUCCAAGGUUAUAGAGGAGGCCCUGGAGGAGGCCAAGGUGAUGAAUAUGUACUGCCACUUUGCCCUGGGCAUCAGCGAGCCCAGAUACAUGCCCGUGCAGUCCUGGGACAGCCUGAACAAAACCCUCCUGGAGGCUCUCAACAGUUACAACGAAGUCAACGCCGCUCUCAAUCUCGUCCUCUUCGAGGAUGCCAUGGCCCAUAUCUGUCGGAUCAACCGCAUCCUGGAGUCUCCCCGGGGGAACGCCCUGUUGGUCGGGGUGGGCGGGAGUGGUAAGCAGAGUCUGACGCGCCUGGCAGCCUUCAUCAGCUCUCUAGAGGUCUUCCAGAUCACGCUGAAGAAAGGAUACGGCAUUGCGGACCUUAAGAGCGAUUUGGGCACGCUGUACAUCAAAGCCGGGGUAAAGAAUGUUGGCACGGUCUUCCUCAUGACAGAUGCCCAGGUCGCAGAUGAGAAGUUCCUUGUGUUAGUGAACGACCUUUUGGCAUCUGGUGAGAUCCCAGACCUGUUCCCUGACGACGAGGUGGAGAACAUCAUCGGCGGUGUGAGAAACGAAGUGCGUGCCCUCGGCCUCCUGGACAGCAGGGAAAACUGCUGGAAGUUCUUCAUCGAUCGCGUCCGCCGCCAACUCAAGGUGGCCCUGUGCUUCUCCCCUGUGGGCAGCAGGCUGCGGGUGCGCGGCAGGAAGUUCCCAGCCUUGGUCAACUGCACGGCCAUCAACUGGUUCCACGAGUGGCCGCAGGAGGCCCUGGAGUCGGUCAGCCUGAGGUUCUUGCACGAGGUUGAGCACAUCGAGCCAGAAAUAAAGGAGUCAGUGAGUAAGUUUAUGGCUUACGUCCAUGUCAGCGUAAACAAGACCUCAAAGGACUACCUGGCCAACGAGAGGCGAUACAACUACACAACACCCAAGUCCUUUCUGGAACAGAUCAAGCUGUACAGGAACCUGCUGGCCCUCAAGAGGAAGGACCUCACCACUAAGAUGGAGCGGCUUGAAAACGGCUUGCAGAAGCUCAACAGCGCGACCGCUCAGGUGGAUGACCUGAAGGCCAAGCUGGCAGCCCAGGAGGUGAACCUGAAGCAGAAGACGGCGGAUGCGGACAAGCUGAUCCAGGUGGUGGGCGUGGAGGCGGAGAAAGUGAGCCGGGAGAAGGCCGUGGCUGACGAGGAGGAGCAGAAGGUGGCCAGCAUCGCCGAGGUGGUGAGCAGGAAGCAGAAGGACUGCGAGGAGGACCUGGCCAAGGCAGAACCCGCCCUCCUAGCAGCUCAGGAGGCACUCAACACGCUCAACAAGAACAACCUGACAGAGCUGAAGUCUUUUGGCGCUCCCGUGACCGCUGUCACCAAUGUAACGGCUGCUGUCAUGGUCCUCACUGCCGCCAGCGGCCAAGUUCCAAAGGACCGAAGCUGGAAAGCGGCCAAGGUGAUGAUGGCCAAGGUGGACACCUUCCUGGACUCGCUGAUCAGCUUCAACAAGGAGGACAUCCACAAGAACAGCCUGAAAGCUGUCCAGCCUUACCUCCAGGACCCAGAGUUCAAGCCCGAGCUGGUGGCCGCCAAGUCCAACGCGGCGGCGGGCCUCUGCUCUUGGGUCAUUAACAUUGUGAAGUUUUAUGAGGUCUACUGUGAAGUGGAACCCAAGAGGCAAGCCCUCAACAAGGCCAAUGCUGAGCUGGCCUCCGCCCAGGAAAAGCUCUCCAUCAUCAAGGCGAAAAUCAAUCACCUUAAUGAGAACCUGGCCACACUGACAGCUAAGUUUGAGAGAGCCACCGCAGACAAGCUGAGGUGCCAGCAUGAGGCUGAGUCCACAGCACGCACAAUCUCCCUCGCCAACGCACUGGUUGGUGGUCUGGCAUCUGAGAAUGUCCGAUGGGCUGAGACUGUGGCAAACUUCAGGCAUCAGGAGAGGACCCUGUGUGGGGAUGUUCUUCUCAUCACCGCCUUCGUCUCUUAUCUGGGCUUCUUCACCAAGCGUUACCGCCAUGAGCUAAUGGACAAUACCUGGAAGCCCUAUCUCAGCCAGCUUACGGUUCCCAUCCCAGUCACCCCUGGGCUGGACCCCCUGGCCAUGCUGAUGGACGAUGCGGACCUCGCCACCUGGCAAAACGAGGGGCUGCCGGCUGACAGGAUGUCCACUGAGAACGCCACGAUCCUCACCAGCUGUGAGCGCUGGCCACUCAUGGUGGACCCACAGCUCCAGGGGAUUAAGUGGAUCAAAAACAAAUACACUGAUGACCUGUGGGUCAUCAGGAUUGGCCAGAAAGGCUAUCUGGACUCCAUUGAGAGAGCCUUAUCAGCAGGUCAGGUGGUACUUAUCGAGAACCUAGAGGAGACUGUGGAUCCAGUGCUUGGGCCCCUGCUUGGUCGAGAAACAAUCAAGAAGGGACGCUACAUAAAGAUUGGUGACAAGGAAUGCGAGUACCACCCGGGGUUCCGCCUCAUCCUGCACACCAAGCUGGCCAACCCGCACUACCAGCCGGAGCUGCAAGCCCAGUGCACGCUCAUCAACUUCACUGUGACACGCGAUGGCCUGGAAGACCAGCUCCUGGCGGCCGUGGUCAGCAUGGAGAGACCAGACCUGGAGGAGCUCAAGUCGGGCCUCACAAAGCAACAGAAUGGGUUCAAGAUCACGCUGAAGACCCUGGAAGACAGCAUCUUAUCUCGCCUGUCUUCAGCUUCCGGGAACUUCCUAGGAGACACGGAAUUGGUGGAAAAUCUGGAAAUAACCAAACGCACAGCUGCAGAAAUCGAGGAGAAGGUGAAGGAGGCGAAGGUGACGGAGGCCCAGAUCAACGAGGCGCGAGAGCAUUACCGACCAGCAGCCUCCCGCGCAUCUCUCCUCUACUUCAUCAUGAACGACCUCAAUAAAAUCCACCCCAUGUACCAGUUCAGUCUCAAGGCUUUCAGUGUGGUAUUCCAGAAUGCUGUGUUGAAGGCAGCACCAGACGAGGCCUUGAAACAGAGAGUGCUAAACUUGACUGACAGCAUCACUUCCUCCGUGUUCCAGUACACCACCCGUGGGCUCUUUGAACGUGACAAACUCACAUACACUGCCCAGCUCACCUUCCAGAUUUUACAGAUGAAUAAAGAGAUCAAUGCGAGUGAGCUGGACUUUUUGCUGAGGUAUCCUGUACAGCCUGGCGUGUCGUCACCUGUAGAUUUCUUGUCUAAUCAUUCUUGGGGAGGCAUCAAGGCACUUUGUGUUAUGGAGGAGUUUCAAAACCUGGACCGGGACAUCAAGGGCUCGGCAAAGCGCUGGAAGAAUUUUGUGGAAUCCGAGUGUCCAGAGAAGGAGAAGUUCCCUCAGGAUUGGAAGAACAAGAACUCCCUGCAGAGACUGUGCAUGAUGCGUGCCUUACGACCUGAUCGGAUGACCUACGCCAUCAGAGACUUUGUGGAGGAAAAGCUAGGCAGUAAAUACGUGAUGGGCCGUGCCGUGGACUUCGCAGUCUCCUUCAAAGAAUCAGGAGCAGCCACGCCCAUGUUCUUCAUCCUCUCACCCGGAGUUGACCCCCUGAAGGACGUGGAAAAACACGGUCGGAAGCUGGGAUACACGUUCGACAACCGAAACUUCCACAAUGUGUCGCUGGGCCAAGGGCAGGAGCUGGUGGCAGAGCGAGUAUUGGACCUGGCAGCUCGUGAGGGCCACUGGGUGAUAUUACAGAACAUUCACCUGGUGGCCAAGUGGCUGGGCACCCUGGAGAAGAAGCUGGAGCAGCACGGCGACGGGAGCCACCGCGACUUCCGGGUCUUCAUCAGCGCCGAGCCCUCCUCGUCGCCCGAGGGCCACAACAUUCCUCAGGGAAUCCUCGAGAACUCCAUCAAGAUCACCAACGAGCCACCUUUGGGCAUGCUUGCGAACCUGCACAAAGCACUGGACAACUUCAACCAGGACACCCUGGAGAUGUGCGCCCGCGAGAGCGAGUUCAAAAGCAUCCUGUUCGCCCUGUGCUACUUCCAUGCGGUGGUUGCAGAGAGGCGCAAAUUCGGCCCCCAGGGCUGGAACAGGAGCUACCCCUUCAACACAGGCGACCUCACUAUCUCAGUCAACGUCCUCUACAACUACUUGGAGGCCAACAGUAAGGUGCCAUACGAUGACCUGCGCUACCUCUUCGGCGAGAUCAUGUACGGCGGCCACAUCACGGACGACUGGGAUCGCAGACUCUGCCGCGCCUACCUGGAGGAGUUUGUGCGGCCUGAGAUGAUGGACGGAGAGCUGUACCUGGCUCCGGGUUUCCCUCUGCCAGGGAACAUGGAUUAUAAUGGCUAUCACCAGUACAUAGAUGAGGCGCUGCCUGCCGAGUCACCCUAUCUGUACGGCCUGCACCCCAACGCCGAGAUCGGCUUUCUCACGCAGACUUCAGACAAGCUCUUCCGCACCGUGCUGGAGAUGCAGCCCAGAGACAGGGGCUCUGGCACCGGCAGCGGCACCUCGCGAGACGAGAAGGUGAAAGCCGUCCUGGACGAGAUCCUCGAGAAGCUUCCGGAUGACUUUAACAUGGUGGAGCUGAUGGGGAAGGUGGAGGAGAGGAGCCCCUAUGUGGUGGUGGCCCUCCAGGAGUGCGAGCGCAUGAACAUCCUCACCCAGGAGAUCAAACGCUCGCUUAAGGAGCUUAGCCUGGGCCUAAAGGGUGAGCUGACCAUGACCAGUGACAUGGAGAACCUGCAAGGCUCCAUCUACCUGGACCAGGUGCCCGAGGCGUGGACCAAGCGGGCCUACCCGUCCACGUGCGCCCUGGCGCUGUGGUUCACUGACUUGCUGGUGCGCGUGCGCGAACUGGAGGCCUGGAGCUCGGACUUCAGCCUGCCACCGGCCGUGUGGCUGGCCGGCUUCUUCAACCCACAGUCCUUCCUCACGGCCAUCAUGCAGGCGACGGCGCGGCGGAACGAGUGGCCACUGGACCGCAUGGGCCUGCAGUGCGACGUCACCAAGAAGAGCCGCGAGGAGUUCAGCUCGCCGCCGCGCGAGGGGGCAUACGUGCACGGCCUCUUCAUGGAGGGUGCCCGCUGGGACACGCAGGCAGGAGUGAUGGUGGACGCCCGUCUGAAAGAGCUCACCCCCGCCGUCCCGGUUAUCUUCAUCAAAGCCGUUCCCGCAGACAAACAGGAGACCCGCAACGUCUACCAGUGUCCUGUCUACAAGACCAGGCAGAGGGGACCUACGUAUGUGUGGACAUUCAACCUGAAGACCAAAGAGAGUCCCUCCAAAUGGACGCUGGCAGGCGUAGCACUGCUUCUUCAGAUAUAAAACACGAGAGGGAAUGACCAUCACCAUGACGACUCCGCUGAAGACAUGAAGACGCCACUGCACUGCGUGUGCACCCUCGCCAGAAAUCUGACUUUACACUUUUAUGUAGAUGUUCUAUAUUUUUAAUCGGAAUGUAUACCUCUUAUAUGUCGGUGUGAUGGGAUAAUUGAUUAAAAUGUUAAUACAAAAUGCCAAAUCUUCAUAUACAGGUCAAGUUUGUAAAGUAGAACAUCAAUGCAAGGGUGUGUAGGCUUGCGCAGAAGGGCUUUGUUGUAGCUGGAUGCCAAAUACAUCAACUGGGUAGAUACUUUGGUGAAUGUUUCAGAAUGUUUCCAUGACUACCUAAUGGUUUAAUAAAUGCCAACUUUGUUGCACUUCAGUAGUCUUCACA